UGCAGAGGAACAGAAGUAGUAGGGAAGUGAAUGAAGGCACUCGAAUUUUCUUAAUGCUUUCUCUGCGUGCAAGCCAACCUCAUCCAUCAUCUCGUACGGCAAACACCCAUCAUUACACUACCCUCUCUCUCUAUCUCUCUCUUGGGAUUGCUUUAUAUAUAACCACCCCUACACCUCUGGUUUCUAUUACCUCACUUUGCAUGACUUCCUAAACUCUCUCUAUUCUUAUCCCUUCUCCACUUUCCUCUCUCUCUUACCCUUUUCUCCCUUCCCCAAGUACCAUCAUACAAAUUACACACCAAGCUACCUACACAUACCCACAUACUCAAAAGCUAAACCUUGUACUUACUUUCAACUUCUUUAACUCAUCACUUAAUUCAGGAGUUCAUAUUUCGUUGUUGUAUGGAUGGAUCCUUCUAGUGGACAACACCAGCAAAUGUCUAACCAGUCAUUGGAGAACAUGUUGGCAUGUUCAAAAGCACAACAGGAUAGGAAGCCAAGGCCUCAGCCAGAGCAAGCUCUGAAGUGCCCCAGAUGUGACUCCACCAACACCAAAUUUUGUUACUACAACAAUUAUAGCCUCUCUCAGCCAAGGUAUUUCUGCAAGUCUUGCAGGAGAUAUUGGACCAAAGGAGGGACACUGAGGAAUGUUCCUGUGGGAGGAGGGUGCAGGAAGAACAAGAGGUCAUCAUCAACAUCAUCUUCAACAUCAAAGAGAGUUCAAGAUCAAGCAUUCACACCCAAUCACAACCCUCUCACUGGCCUCCCUUCACUGUCUUAUGACUCUAAUGACCUCACCCUUGCACUAGCAAGGCUUCAAAAGCAGUCAUGUGGGCAAUUGAGUUAUGAUGAGCAUGACCUUUCAAUUUUGGGGAACCCCACAAGCACCCCAUGUGACAUCCUUGGCAAUCAUGGCAUGAACCCCUCAUCCACAAACCCAGGGUUCUUGGAUGCCCUUAGAAGUGGGUUCCUUGGAACCCAAAGUAACAUGCACAAUAUGUACUAUGGAUAUGGGAAUGGGGACAUGGGGGAGGUGGACAAUGGCAAUGCUUGUGGUGGGGUUGGGGUUAGUGGAGACAUGAUGAUGCCUUAUGAUCAAGAAAUGAGUAUUGCCACCACACAGGCAGUGUCAGUCACUACCAUGAAACAAGAACUUUGCAAUGGAAGGGAACAAAGUGAGAAUAGGGUGUUGUGGGGUUUCCCUUGGCAACUCAAUGGAGACACCAACAUGGGUGAAAUUGACUCAGGGAGAGCUAGUUGGAAUGGACUCACACCAUCAUGGCAUGGACUUAUCAAUAGUCCCCUAAUGUAGACACAACAAGGCACUGAUAAUUAUUAUUCCCUCUCAUGAUGUUUGAUGAAAAAAUAUCAGUCUAAUUAGGACUUUCAAUCCUCUUGAGUGUUGAGUUAAUAGGGGUUUGAUUGAUUCACUUGAAUCAUCUCCUUUUUCUUUCUUGUUUGUUUUUUUGUUUCUUUUUUGCCCCUUAAAUUGUCAAAUUUUUUGUACUACUACUAUCUUUUAAUUGGUGAAUAGACUAAUGGAAUUUAAGAGGUUGUUUGCUAACUAA